AGCUCAUUAUCGCAAACAAUAGUCCGCUUGCAGUACGUUGAUUUUACCUUCUCCACAAUAAUGAAGUGCUUUGUGAGUUUGAUUUUCCUUCAGCUGCUCGCUUCGGUUGCGUAUGGCAUUCACACAUUCACUAUUGGUCGAAUUCCAUACAUAGAAGAUAUAGGCAGCAAACUCCAGCCGUUGAAUUUAUCGAGGGAUCCCGACAAAAUACCAUCCCCGGUUAUUCUUGUUCCAGGACUGGGUGGAAGUCGGUUGGAAGCCAAACUCGACAAGCCAAGCCGUGUUAGCUUUUUAUGCAGUAAGAAAACGGAUGCUUUCUACGACAUUUGGCUUAACGUGGAAAAUUUGGCUCCGUUUGCAAUUAAUUGCCUAUCGGACAAUCUACGGUUGGUGUAUAACAACGAGUCGAGAACUACAGAAAGCUCACCUGGAGUGACCGUUCAAGUGGCGGGAUGGGGAUAUUCCGAUGCGGUGGAGUGGUUGUGCCGUUCUCGGUCCAGCCGUUGUGCAUACUAUGUAAAUCUGGUGGACACACUAGUUGCCAAUGGCUAUAUCCGAGGAUUCUCGGUACAGAGUGCUCCUUAUGAUUUUAGAUUGCCUUACUACGAGUUUAAUUUGUUUUACACUUGGUUGACCAAGGAAAUUGAAGGUGCUUUUGAGUUGAAUUCCGACACACCGGUUACGUUGAUUGUGCACAGCAUGGGUGGUCCAAUGGUUCUGCAGUUUCUUCAGGGGCAACCGCAGGAGUGGAAGGAUAAGUACAUCAAACGGGUGAUUUCGUUGAAUGGCGCCUGGGGAGGUACGGUCAAAUCGUUGAAGGUUUACGCCAUGGGUGAUGAUUUGGGCUCGUGGAUUGUGAGCAGUAGUGCACUUCGUGCACUUCAAAUAACAACCCCAUCUCUGGCCUGGAUGAUGCCGAAUCCGUUAUUUUGGAAGCCGCAGACUAUUUUGGCCAAAACCAAAACCAAAGUCUACACAUUGGAGAACCUACAAGAUUUUUAUGAGGACAUUGACUUUCCACUGGGGUGGGAGAUGUACCAAGAUGUGUUACCAUAUGUGAAAAAUUUCACUGCUCCUGGUGUGGAGAUAUACUGCUUUUAUGGAACCAAUGUUCCCACCAUCGAACAGCUAGACUACGGUGAAGCCUACGAAUUGACCGGGACACCGGAGUUCAUUCAAGGUGACGGGGACGGUACAAUCAACAGAAUAUCCUUGGAAGCUUGCAAAUAUUGGGCCAGUGAACAAAAACAGCCCGUUCAUGUGAGGGAGUACAGUGGCGUUGGGCAUAUGGAAAUUCUGGGCGAUUUGAAGGUGUUGCGUGAUAUUCUCGAGAUUCAGAUGCGUGAUUUGAUGUGAUGAUAUUAGUAUUUUAUGUUCCUUGUCAGUUAGAUCGAAUUGUUGCUUUAUGCAGCUCUUUUUA